AUGUCCUCCUUUUUGUUAAAAGUCUUCGCCGGUCCACUCUCCGCCAUGUCCAAUUACUACCGACGAACCGUCGGGUACGAACUCUCCAAGUACGGUUUACGCUACGACGAUUUGCUCGACGAGACGCAAAAUUUAGACGUCCAAGAGGCGUUAGAUCGCCUGCCGAAAGAGGAACGAGAGAUGCGAACGCAACGGUUAAAACGAGCCAUGGAUUUAAGCAUGAAACAUAUUUACUUGGAUAAAGAGACGAUGGAGAAACAAACGCCGUUCGACCACUACUUGUCGCCGGUUUUGGCGGAAGUGGAGGCGGAGAAAAGCGAGAAAGUUGCGCUGGGAUCGGACGUGUCGUACAACAGACAGAUACCGUGA